AAUUUGUAAUAGAAGAAGAAAUACAUCAUAGUUCAAAACAAUACUUCAAGUUCCUCCUGUCUGGCGCCGUGUCCUCAUGAAGAUGUCUCAAAAUACUCCCGACAAAGACGACCAAGCGUCAGCCAACAAGAAAGGCAUCUCCCUCCCGAUCUCCAGGGUGAGGCUGAUCAUGAAGAGCUCCCCGGAUGUCUCCAGCAUCAACCAGGACGCCCUGUUUCUCACCACCAAGGCUACAGAGUUGUUUGUCCAGCAUCUGGCUCUGUCCUCAUUCAACAACGGCUCUGGGAAAGAAACAAACUCCCUGUCAUACAGCGACCUGGCUCACACAGCAGAGGAGACAGAGACUUUCCACUUCCUUACAGAUAUCCUGCCGAAGAAGAUCUUGGCUCGGGAUUACCUCAAGUCUUUGGAACAAAUGCAGGACGAGGACGCUGACCUUUGAAAAGCACGCUGACUGCAUUCCACUUUUGAACAGAUGUUAUUAAAUUCACGUACCAAUCAGUGGGAGAAAAGUGACUUCUGGAGGAGAAAGCCAACAUGAUGUCAUUUCUUCUAAAUAGAUUGUCAGAGUUCAGUGACCAAGAAACAAAAACAGUAGUUUUAAAUGUGAAAAUGAAAUGCAGCAAGUGGAACUCAGAAGCUGUACCAAAUGUUUAAAGUAAGAACUUUAUGUUUAGCAGAAACAGUUUCGUAAACAAACCCCCUUUAGUUGAAUCAUAGUGCAACCACUCUUUGUGUUCAUGCAGAAUCAAUCGCCCGUGUAAGACUACACGUCUCUGUGUGCUCAAGUACAGAGUUGCUAAAAAAAGGGUGCGCAUAGAUCUGAACUUUGAAUUGUUUAGGAACAAUUGGUCAUUUGCCACAUAUUUCUUCAAAUUUCUCAGAAAGAUUUCUUAUUUCAGCUUCUUUUAAAAUUCACAAUUACAACAACCAGGAGUAGAUAUUUUUCUGAAGUAGUCAAAGUAACUGAUAGAAACAGGAAAUCAAUCCAUUCCACACAGCAGCAGCACUGAUGUCUCAACUCCUGAUGCAUCAUUGCCUUUAAAAAAUGAUCGUAUGAAAACUUCACUUCAUAUAUCCUGUCAAAGGGAAAUGUGUGACGUUACUGAUUUAAGUCAUAUAUGGUUUUAUUUUUUCAGGAUACAUUAUGUUUGAGUUGUGAGUGUUUUACUUGACAUGUUUUGAUCUAAAAUACAAAUACCUCGUUUUUAUUUCCAGAUUAAGAACAAGGCGACUGAACGUGCUGUCUUUCCAAAUCAUAGCUCAAACUGCGUCCAACAGAUGUGACUGUUUAAAGUGUAUAUAACAGCUGACAACCUUAUAAACAAUCUUCCUCAUAAAUGUACAAAGUGAUUGUUUAGAUUUGAUAUUAAAAUAAAGAUCUGUGAUGUCUGAUAAAA